GUCUACUGUAAAAUAAUGGAUUAACAUGAUUCCAUAGCUAAUCACGUAACGGUUAAUGCAUUGUUGAUUAUGCAGAUUAUGCUUGUGAACGUGAUAACAUGACAGGUUAUCAAACGAGUGAUAAAAUUAUUGAACAAUAUCAUUGAAUUCUAUGAACUCAUAUUAAUGAACAACAAACAUAUUGUAUUCUGUGGUUUAAAAUGGAUUGUUUAAUUAUUACUUAUCCAUUAUAUUAUUUUAAUCAGUUAAAUAAACACCAAUUUUUAAAUAAGUAAAAAUGACCAUUUUUCUAAAAAGUUUGUUUAUACCUAUUAUUAUUACUUAUCAAUACUCAUUGAGGAUUUGUUGUUUGUAAUAGUGUUCUGUAUCGUGUUGUUUUAAUGUUACCUACAUUAUUUUAGUCGAAUUUUAUUCGUACUGUAAAAUUAAUAAAAUUAUUUAGAAUUGGAUUUGAUUUUAAAAUAAGUGAAAUUCUAAUUUAACUCAAAUAAUAUAAUCUUUACGACCAAUGGAAAUGGCUAAACUUCAAAUACACGAAGAAUCUAGAACUUUAUAUUUGGCCCGAGCUCUGUACGAUGCUGUUGAUGAUUGUAAUAUUCAGUAAGUAAAAAUUAUCAAUAUUUAUUUGAAUAAUGUUUUUGGUUAUUUUCACUUAGAAACUUUAGUUACUGAAUUUGAUUUGUAUUUCUAGUAAGACCUUUUGAAUACUUGACCUGAAAUAUUAAGUUUUGAAUGUACUAUAAUUAUGGUGACCAGAUGUACUCUUUUUCAUAGGACAGUACUUUUUUUUUUGUAGAUUUUCCUAUGUCCUUAAUAAUGGUGUUAAGUACAUGCAAUUGUACUCCUUUUUUUUGAAAAUAUUAAUACAUGUUUAUAUAAUUUCGUAUAGUUUGAUUAUUCAUUAAUAUUUUAUGGUUCAACCUAAACACCUGCAAGUGACUGACAACAGUAGCGGCAGCUGGAGAACAACUGAACUGUUUGACAAAAACAUUAUUAAUAUCAUAACUAUCAGUGUCCACUUUUCAUUAUUUCGACUAUAGUAAUAAAACAUUGUGAGGCAGUGUGGUUAGUUUACAUUUCAAAGUAUUUUCAUCAUAAAAACACAAACCAAACGAGUUAACAUUAUGAUUUCAAAUAAUUAUUAGAUAAUAGAAAAAAUAAAAAUAAUAAUAGAGUAAAAAUUGUUAUAUAGAUGGAGAUGAGCUAUGGGCAAAAUGGGUAGAAUAAUAUACACAUUGGCUAAUCUUUCAAGGGAAUGUUUUUUUUUUUAUAAUGGAGGAUCUACAUUUUAAAAUUUCUUUUUUUGGAUUUUUAUAUCUGGUGACCAUAAUUAUAAUAACAAUAAAAAAAAAUAUAUCAUUAUAAUAAUAGGCUUUGAUGCUAUUCUAACUGUAUAUCUCUAUACUUAUUUCAAAAUACAUCAUUCAAAUACUUUUGAUCAAUACUUCAUAAUAUUCAAAUUACCUAGUAUAAAUACUAAAAAAAAAUUGAACUUGAACUCCACACAGCAACAUUUAUUAAAUGUAAUAAUAGUUGUUGAUUAUAAAUUUAACCAAUGUAGUGUGCUUUACUUAACUUGUUAAUAACACCAAACUCCCUGCAUAUUUUAUUUUGUAGAACAUUAUUUUAGUUUCUAUACGUAUGUAUUUUUUAUAAUAUAAUAAUUCACUUGAGUAAAUAAGUUUUAUUGUACUUAUUUUAUUUAAAUACAAAAUUUAAUUUGUUUAGGCAAGUCAAUAUGUUAUUAUGCCAAAACAAAGCAAAUCCUAAUGUUCUUAUCAUAGAAGAAGGUAUGACAGCCUUUCAUUUAGCUGCGGGACAUGAAAAUUUGGCAUUUGGAAAAAUUGUAACAUCUUUAAUUUUACAUAAUGGUGGUGAUCCAAAUACACCUUGUGUGGGUAACCGCACUGUUUUACAUAUUGCAAUAGCAUGGAAUCGUUCAUCGGUUGUUGAAAUCUUGCUUAAAAAUCCAUAUAUUAUUCCAAAUCCAUUUAUGAAAGACGAAGAUGGCCUCAAUGCAUUCAAUUAUGCUAUGAAAUUUAAGGCUUGGGAAUCACUUGCAAUUCUCCAAAAUCAUAUGAAUCAUUCUAAACACAUGAGUAAAUACAAAUAUUUUGUAAAUAAAUGAUUCCAACAUAUUAUUCCUAUUAAAUAUACAAAUUCAAAAUUUUGAUAAUCAAAUUUCUAUUAAAUUAGAUUUUUAUUGUCCAACUUAAUUCAAGUAUUCAAGAUAUACUGAGUAAUCCAACCAGUAAAACAUUAAAUUAAUAUUAUUUUAUUACCUAUAUAACAGUGUAAAUCAUGUUAUUGUUAUUUAUUUAUUUAUUCACUGUUACUACAAUGAACAAUUUUUGUUUAAUUUGAAUAGAUAUAUUCAAAUUAUGAACCAAUAUGAUUGACACCACCAUCAAUGUAUUUUUUUUUCUUUAGAUGAUCAGUUGAGGGUUAAUAUUUAUUUAUAUUUAUAAUUGCAUAAUGAUUACAAUUAUUUAAUCAAUUCUAUUGUAAUAACAUAUUAUUUGAACUAUUAAAAUUGUUAUUUUAUAUUUUUUUUUUUAGUAGGUAAUUCGCACAACAAAGAAUACUGUAGAAUAGUACAUUCGAAAUCUAUGGAAAAAGAAAAUAGUUUGUCAAAAGAGGGCCCUGAAAAAUGCACUAGUGUUGACACAAUAUUUAAUAAAUCAGAUAAAUUACAUACAAGUAGUGGAUAUUUUAAUAGUGGUGAAAGUUAUGAUACUAACAGUGUCAGAUCAAUCAAAUAUGAUUCAGACUACCAAAAAAAUGAUAAUUAUAGUGAAUCUAUAUUAUCUGAUACAGCUAACUCAAUUAGCGAUAUUUUAAAUGCAAAUAUUUCACCAGACAUCCAUUGUGAAGACUUUCCAUCCAGAAUUUGUUUUGAUGGUUCUAUUAUAAGUUCCAUUACAGAUAUCAGAUCAGUAAAUAAUGAUGAUGAAGAUGAUUUAAAAAACAUUUUUAGCAAAACAGUGCUUUCUGAGACCUCAAAAUUAAAGGAAAUUGAAUUGUCUACUGAAAACAGUAUAUGUUCAAAUGACAAUGAAUGGAUGACAGAGAUUUCUGGCUUAUCUAGUCUUUUCAAUAGCGAAGAAUAUUUUACAUGUCCAGAUACCAAUACUGAAAAAAGCAUUAUUGAUAAUAUAUCAAAUAAAAAUGGUGUUAAAAAUAAUGAAAUGUAAGUUUUUAACACUCAAUUAUGUAAUUAAUUAUCUUAAAAUUAUUAUUUAAAUAAAAAUGUCAAAUAAUACUGCUAAUAUUUAGGUAAUGUAAGCAAAUUUAUUAUAAACAACAUUUUUUUUUCAGUAUACCCUUUAACAAAAUAUUUGACAUUAAUCAUUUAGAAGUUUCAAAUUAUCAAAGUAGUUCUUCAGGUAUUGUUUUUUUUGUUUUAAAUAUAAUUUAAUAAAUUACUUCUUUGAUAUUUUAGAUAAAUUUGUUUUUGGUUUUAUUUUUUUUUUUAGAUAGUGGUAGUUUAACUGACUUAACUGAUGACUAUGAUACAGAUUAUCUUCGCCAAAAUUUAAGAAGAUAUGGAUAUCAUCCUGGACCAUUAUUACCUAGUACAAAACAAGUCUAUGUGCGCAGACUUAAUAGAAUCUUAAAAACUCAGUCUGAAUUCCAACAUGAUAAACCUAUUAAUAAAUUAGAUGGUAUAUUUUAUUACAAUUCUGUAUCUUACAAUACAGUUCAUUAUUAUAAUUUUUUUAUUUUUGUUUUAACAGGUUUUUAUAGUCGCCAACUGACUCAAAUUUUGACUAUUGACGAAUCAGAUACAUGGAUAAAAACUAUUAAAAGUUGGAGCAUUCUAGAAAAAGAUAUAAUUUAUCACAAAAGUGGUCCAUCUUUCACAUAUCUUUUAUUAGAUCCUAGAAUCACCAGAAAUUUACCUGCCCGAGCUGAUCAAAUUAAUAAUCCAAUUGUAAUAUGGCGAGCAUUUAUUAGCUCUAUAUUUUAUGUUGGUAAAGGUACCAAUUUUCGACCUAAAGACCAUAUGAAUGAAGCAUUUAAAUCGUGGAUAGAAAAAGUUGAUAAAGGAAUAAGUCCCAAAGUAAACAUAUAUAUAUAUAUAUAUAUAUAUAUAUAAAUGUAUUUUUUGAUUAUAUAAAUAUUUUUAAUUAUAUUAUAUGUAUAUUUCUAGUCAGAAUACAUUUUAAGCCUUUGGAAAGAAAAUUUAGGAGUGGUGUGCGUUCAAGCAUUCCAUCAUCUAGUAUUAAAAGAAGCCCAUAUCCGUGAAGCUGCAAUGAUUGAUGCAUUAGGCUUGAACAAACUUACUAAUGAAAAGCGUGGCACAUAUUAUGAUAACACUACACAGUGGAGAAAUACCAAACGCUGUGAAUUAGGUUGCUAUUUACUUUACCGUGCCAUGCUUGUUUUUUUAGCAGAUGGUGAACGCCAACUUCAACCAAUAGAUUUGACAUAAGACUUUGACUAUAUUUAAGAUUUCCUUCAAUGUUGACUAUAUAUUAUAAUAUUAAGUAAAAUUUAAAUAAUGUUUAUAGUGUACUUUUAGAUUUUAUAAAUUUUACAGAAAGCCAGUUUUUAUAUUUUUAUUUUUAUAUAAAAACUAAAUAUUGAAUUGUUUACUCUUGUUUUUGAAAAAUAUUACAAUUUUAUUAAUUUAAAAUAAACAACAUUGCACCCCCGAUAAAAGUGUUUUGUGUAUUAGAUUCUGAAUGUAGGGAAGAAUGUAUUGGUUUUACAAAGAUAUUUAUUUUUUUUUAUGUGAAAACUUUCUACCAGAAAGCUUACUCUGAUAUAUACAAUGUAAACCCAUUUCUGAAAAGAAAUAUUCUUGAUAUGGUACUUUAGGGAGGUUAUUUUUCGAUUUUCUCAAAAGUUUUCUUAUCAUAUGUGAAAAACUUGAAAAUGUACGAAUAUAUUAAUAAAAUAUGAUUUUUUUUUCUGUGGACAACUUUUCUACAAGAUUUAAACCCAAUUUACGAAGAUAGCUCUUUUUUUGAAAGAAAAUCUGAUUAGGAAGGUACUUUAAAGAGGUUAUUUUUUUCUAAGAAUUUUCCCAGUAAAUGUGAACAAUUAGGAAAAUUGAUACAAUGGAAACAAAUAUUAUUAAAGAAAAUAUAUACCAGCCUAUAUAAUUAUUUUAGCAUAAUAUAACGUAUAUUGUUGAUAAGGUACCAUUAUCAACGUAACAUCAUCCAGAAUUGUUUUUUCCUUAACAAUGGUUUGCUUACAGAUUUACAUUAAAUUUCCUUCUAUAUCCUAUCUUCCCAACUUCCCACCUACAACAGUGGCUGUACCCACAUAUGAAGUAUGUUCAUCUUUUUUUUCACUUUUGUUAAGAUCUUUUCAUUAUUUGUUUAUAUUGCAAUUAUUUAUACAUCUUAUAUUACUACUGACCAACUAAAUAUUAAUGAGCGAUUUACUUCCAUUGGAC